GUUAUUUUUAUUAUUCUUUAUGAGAAGGUUAGUAGCUACUUUGUAAUCUACAGUGCGGGAAUUCCAAAAACGAUGCUCUACAAUAAACAACAUACAAGGUAUAUUAGCAAAUCAGGGACUGGAUGAAUCGCAUGGAGAAUAUUACUUUUUUAUUCCUAGAAAAUCUGCUGUAGAUAAUAAUGGUUUCGAGUUGCAGUGUUAGUGAGGGAGUGAGGGCUGAAGUUGCAGAGGGAGUUGUAAGGCAGUUUGUAGUAGGCGAGCAUGAUGUCAGGAGAGUAAACUUUGCUCUGAUCGCCUCCAGCUCAAUUAGAGGAGCGCUGAUGUGGAUGCCCAUGCCAGUCGGGUGUGCGCUUAGGACAGUGAGGUGAGGCUGUAGCCUAUCCCUACGCUUACCUGCGAGAUAAACAGAUGCUGAUUGGACUUUUCAGCCUAACUUUAAGUCAGGUCCUAAGCUGACUCCUCAUUAGAGUAUCUUCAUGUGUGAUCAUACACCCUUCCCUGUGUCCAGUUCAUGGCUCUUCCGUGCCUCUGACACUCCCUCAUAAACCAUUAAACUGCUCGCCUGCUCUCGCUUUGUCUCUGUGUAACCAUGUCAUCUGCAGUUCGAGCCCUGUUGCUUGUGCUGCUAGGAGCCGGAGUCCUGCUGUCCAGUGGCGACUCUCCACGCCGAGAAAUUAAGAUAGACGGAGACCUGGUUCUGGGAGGCCUCUUUCCCAUACAUGAGAAGGGCCUGGGCAUGGAUGAGUGUGGGCGCAUCAAUGAGGACCGUGGCAUUCAGCGUUUAGAAGCUAUGCUCUUUGCAAUAGACCAGAUCAACCGAGAUGUUAGUCUGCUGCCCGGCGUCUCUCUGGGUGUCCACAUCCUGGACACGUGCUCCAGAGACACAUACGCACUAGAGCAAGCACUCGAGUUUGUCAGAGCGUCGCUGACCAAGGUGGACGACACCGAGUUUAUCUGUCCUGAUGGUUCGUAUGCGUUUCAGGAGGACAGCCCAUUGGCUAUUGCUGGAGUCAUUGGAGGUUCCUACAGCAGCGUCUCCAUACAGGUUGCAAACUUGUUGCGCCUGUUCCAGAUUCCUCAGAUAAGCUACGCAUCUACGAGUGCCAAGUUGAGUGACAAAUCACGCUACGACUAUUUUGCUCGCACUGUCCCUCCGGAUUUCUACCAAGCAAAGGCCAUGGCUGAGAUCCUACGUGCCUUCAAUUGGACAUAUGUCUCUACAGUGGCAUCCGAGGGUGAUUACGGUGAGACAGGUAUCGAGGCCUUCGAGCAGGAGGCACGUUUGCGCAACAUAUGCAUUGCUACGUCAGAAAAGGUGGGUCGCUCCAAUGCAAAGCGCUCCUCAUAUGAAGCAGUGGUGCGCCAGCUUCUACAGAAGCCCAACGCCCGUGUGGUCGUGCUGUUCCUGCGCAGUGAUGAUGCCCGAGAGCUGCUGGGUGCUGCCACCCGCCUCAAUGCCUCCUUUCUCUGGGUGGCCAGCGAUGGCUGGGGGGCGCAGGAGAGCAUCAUCAAAGGAAAUGAGUUCACAGCAGAUGGCGCGAUCACAUUAGAGCUCGCAGCACAUCCUAUACUCGAGUUCAACCGCUACUUCCAAAGCCUCAAUCCUCUUAACAAUCACCGGAACCCGUGGUACAAAGACUUCUGGGAACAGAAGUUCCAAUGCUCUUUGAGCACAACCUCACAGGCAGGGACAGGAACUGUGAAACCACCCUGUGACCCAAAGCUGGCGGUGGAUGAUUCGAACUUUGAGCCUGAGUCGAAGAUCAUGUUUGUGGUAAACGCAGUGUACGCUAUGGCACACGCAUUACACCGUAUGCAGAGGACGCUGUGCGCUAACACCACACGCCUGUGUGAUGCCAUGCGUAGUCUCGAUGGCAAGAGGCUCUACCGGGACUUCCUGCUUCACGUCAACUUCAGAGCUCCAUUCUCCCCUCCUGGCUCAGAAAACAUGGUAAAGUUUGAUCAAUAUGGAGAUGGCAUGGGCCGAUACAACAUCUUCAACUACCAGAGAAUGCCAGGUAACGACCGGUUUGGCUACAUCCAUGUUGGCGAAUGGGCAGAAACGCUCUCUCUUAAUGAGUACCUGAUUGGCUGGCCACGUGGAACAGGUGUACCCACCUCACAAUGCAGUGACCCAUGUGCUCCAAAUGAGAUGAAGAAGAUGCAAGCAGGGGAGUACUGCUGCUGGAUCUGCACCCCUUGCGAGCCCUAUGAAUAUCUGCCAGAUGAAUUCACUUGCGCACCCUGUGCUUUGGGCCAGUGGCCUCGGGCAGACCUGAGUGGUUGCUAUGACUUGCCUGAGGACUACAUCAUGUGGGAGGAUGCCUGGGCUAUUGGUCCUGUCUCUAUUGCUUGCGUGGGCUUUAUUUGUACUUCACUAGUCUUUGCCGUUUUUAUCCGCCAUAAUGAAACACCACUGGUCAAGGCCUCUGGCCGGGAGCUGUGCUACAUCCUGCUUCUUGGAGUCCUCAUGUCCUACUCCAUGACUUUUGUCUUUAUUGCCAAGCCCUCACCGGCAGUGUGUGCAUUGCGGCGUCUUGGCCUUGGAACCUCAUUCGCAGUCUGCUACUCAGCGUUGCUGACGAAGACCAACCGCAUCGCCCGCAUCUUCAGUGGUGUGAAAGAUGGUGGUGUACAGCGACCACGCUUUAUCAGCCCUAGCUCACAGGUCUUCAUCUGCCUGGCACUCAUCUCUGUCCAGCUUCUGCUUGUGUCCAUGUGGCUGCUGCUGGAGGUGCCUGGCACUCGGCGCUUCACACUGCCUGAGAAGCGCCAGACGGUCAUUCUCAAAUGCAAUGUACGGGAUUCCAGCAUGCUGUUGUCACUCAGCUACGAUGUUGUUCUGGUGGUGCUCUGCACUGUCUACGCCUUCAAGACCCGCAAGUGCCCUGAGAACUUCAACGAGGCCAAGUUCAUCGGCUUCACCAUGUAUACCACUUGCAUCAUCUGGCUUGCCUUCCUGCCCAUCUUCUAUGUCACAUCUAGUGACUACAGGGUUCAGACCACCACAAUGUGUAUAUCGGUGAGUCUCAGUGGUUUUGUGGUACUGGGCUGCAUGUUUGCUCCUAAAGUCCACAUCAUCAUGUUCCAACCCCAGAAAAACGUAACCAGUCACCGGCUCAACCUGAACCGCUUCAGCGUCAGUGGUCCACCUGCUACCUACGCGUCACACGCAUCUGUGAGUGGCCACUGUGUUCCGACGGUGUGUAACGGCAGAGAGAUCGUCGACUCCACCACUUCCUCUCUGUGACCCCUCGUCAACGUUUUGCUCUUUAGCGACUGUUAGCCAAUCAGCACACAUUGUGCUCCAUCCAAGAACUCCUCCUGUCCACAGUGUGUAGAAAGUGUGUAUUAUUAUUACUAUUAUUAUUAUUAAAUUAUUUUCUAGGGCUUGUACAUAUUAACUGAAAUUGUUGUAGAGAAACAGAGGAGCAAAAAAAACUAUAAAACAUUUCUAGGGUGAUUUUGGAGACCUUUUGUUUUUUUGAUAGCUUUAUUAUGUUUGUUGUAAAAACUAUGAUAAAAUGUUUCACCAUUGGACUAUAAUGAAUUUAUUACUGAAGGGAAAGUGUUGAGUGGCUAUGCCUGCAAUACUGGACAAACCUGGUCAUUUUCUUUUGUAGGCCUCAUUGUAACAAUCUAUUCUGUAUGUAUUUCUAUGUUGUAUAUUUUGUAAAUAGUCUUACUGACAGUUUUAACCACACAAGGUGAUAGUAUUAUAGGAGUGAAGUUGAUGUCGGGAGUGUAACGAGUGGCUGACCAGAGGAGGGAAGUCUCACAGUCCUUUUAGUAAGCUUUCAUAUCGUCCGCUAGUGCUUUUCAUAAACUGCUUCUCACAGAGCAUGCACAAAGUGCUUCUGAUUGUUAAACCUUUACAAAUGUGGUAUUUCUGCAAUGCAUAAAGUGCUUGGUGAGACAGGAGGGAGUGUAAAUGGUGAUCCAGUGUUAAUGGCUCUUUGUGCCUUAUCAUGUGUGUAGUAGUUUGAUAUGAAAGCUUCCUCUAGACCUUUAGGGGUUGCUGAGCCACUUUUUUUACAUGUGUAUUAUUUUUUACAUCUGAGUGUUUUAUACAUUUCUACAUUUUGAAGGAGGGGGGUACAUUUUAUGUGACAGGUUGAAAUGUGCAGUCAUAUCACUGGGCUUGGGUCUGUGUUUAAUCUUGCUUUGGCAUGCAAUCAUCUCAUAUGACAGUUUACUCAAGUGUUAAAGACAAAGUACAUUUUAAGUUUUACAAUUUUAGAAAUGGAAUGUAAUAACUUGGGGCAAAUGCAACACUGAUGUAGAAAUGGCGCGUUCAUGAUUUACUGCUGUGACAUUAAGCACAAACAAUGUAAUGGUAUGGAACGUUAAAGUAAAAGAAUCUAUUUGGACCCAGGUACAUAUAACUAUUUGCACCCUUAAAUGACAAAAAAAGGGUGCAUACCUAACAGAUUGGGAUGUAACUGAAUCAAACCGAGACUACAGGUAUGCAUUGGAGACCACAUUCAUUCAUUCAUUCAUUAAUCCUCAGUAACUGCCUGCUUAAGGUAGCUGUGGUUUAAAUUAGGCUACUAAUUUGUGAACAUCACCUCUUCAGUAGCAGCUGUAAUUAACACCUAAAAAAGCUAGCUAACAUUAGUCUUAUUAUUGAGUAAACCUGAGGCCAAGUGUUAGCCCUUAAACUCCCAGACUGGUGGCAAUAUGGAGACCCAACUAGUACACAGAAACUGGCCAAAAAGAUCGGUGCAAAUAGUAUACAUUUUAUUUUCACCUGGCUACAAAUAGCUUCUGGUUAAAAUAAAUACAGUUAUAUAGUAAUACAGUAGUUAUGGGGGAAAAGGUCAUUUGCCAGAUCAACAACAUGGACUUUGUCUUCCAGUAAGAUAAUACAUGCACACAAAUAUACUUUUCAGAGAAUACUCAGCAAGUUUCAUCCUAGCUGCGUUUAUUAUAGAACAACAUGCAGGAAUGAAUCCAUAUGAAUCCAGGAAUGUUGUCCAUUUUACUGUAAAUCUGUAUUGUAAAAUAUUCUCUAAAUCCCAGUGUGAACUGGUAAGUGUCGACAACGCAAGAGAGACAUGUAAAGCACAAAUAGAAUGUUGGUGCUUGAAAUGAAAGUACAGCAGACUAUGUGUGUAUGCAGAAGGAAAAAAGUGUAGGAUUAUGGACAGCGUUUUUUUUUUUUUUUUCCCUCAGUGCUCCACCAGCCUCAGCAGUCUGAGGCCUAUCUGCAAUGAGGUUUGCACCUUUCACUCCCAAAAUCUGCAACUCCCUGAUUCUUCCUGCAUGUCACGUUGCUAGCAGAGUUGACAAAAAUAUUCUACAUAAAAAUGAGCAGACAUUUUUAUUUAUGGCUGAAGUCAAAGGUUUAUCACAAGUAAUGCUCUUCUGAUUGUGACUUGGAUUUGGAUCUGUUAUGAUGAACAUUUACGUGUGGAUCCAGUGUGCCAGGUGUGGAUUUGAUACAACACUCUUGCAGAGGGGCGUUUGUCUUCCUCUGUCUAUCUGUAUGCUCCCAGUUUAUAUACAGUGUAACGUAUUGUUAAGGAAUCCUGUGUUGAAUUUUUGAACUCUGGUCAAACACAAAGCAAUAGAACAGUACCCAUGGUGCAGUGUGUGCAAUAACAAGGAUAUGAUGAUAUAAUAAAUAAUA